UCCACAUUUAGCAUCACUGUUUCUCAUAAUGUAUUGUUAUUAUUGUUAAACUACAAAUGGAGCAGUUUCUUAAAGGUCUGCCCAAAGUAGAGCUCCAUGCUCACCUCAACGGUUCCUUGGGCAUCAAAAGCCUAUGUGAUCUUGGCGAGCGAUUGUAUGGAACCUCUUGUAAAGAUUUCCUGAAGUUGUGCGCGCACUUCAGCCGAUUUGAAAAGGAUAUGGAUGCAUGCUUCGAGAAGUUUGCAUUUGUGCACGAGUUGACCUCCACCCGGGAGGGUCUGCGAUUUGCCACGGAGUUGGCGAUUCGAGAUUUCGCUGAGGACAACGUCCAGUAUGUGGAAAUGAGGACCACUCCUAAGGCAAACGAGAACUAUUCACGCAGGGACUACCUGCAGAUCGUGAUCGAUGCAAUUAAGGCAGCUAGCGAAACGUAUCCAGAGAUAACAGUCAAGCUACUGCCCUCCAUCAAUCGAGCGGAACCAGUGGACGUGGCUGAGGAAACAGUUUCCCUGGCUGUGGAGUUGGCACGGGCUCAUCCAAAUCUUAUCUUAGGCAUCGAUCUUAGCGGUAAUCCAGGGAAGGGGCGGUUUUCCGACUUUGCUCCUAUUCUUGCACAGGCCCGGGAUAAGGGUCUGAAGUUAGCUAUACACUGCGCCGAGAUCGAGAAUCCAUCGGAGGUAAAGGAAAUGCUGCACUUUGGAAUGUCCCGCUGUGGACAUGGAACUUUUCUUACUCCCGAGGACAUUGGGCAGCUUAAACAACGAAAUAUUGCCAUUGAAUGCUGCCUCACUAGUAAUGUUAAGUCGGGAACAGUGCCCAGCUUGGAGGAGCACCACUUGAAAAGAAUCAUGGAGGCAGAUGCACCCAAGGUUAUCUGCACGGACGACAGUGGCGUUUUUGAUACCACUUUGACAAAGGAGUUUCUGAUUGCUGCGGAAACUUUCGGUCUAACCCGUGAACAAUGCAUCGAUUUGACCUUGGAGGCAGUGCAUCAUUCAUUCGCCAGCGAACAGGAGCAAAUACAGAUGGCGGAUAGGGUGGGGAACUACGCAGACAUAUUGGUCAAAUAAAAAAACUGUCACUGCCCUAAUUGAAAUAAAUAAGUUUUUGUAUGUAACACC